GCAGGAUCUGGUAAAAUGCAAAACUCUGAUAACGUCAACAUUUUCUGCACACACACAAACCAAACCAUCUGCCUUCCUCAAAUUUUGCGUUUCAGGACACUUCUGGAGGCAGAAAGCACACGGCUGCAGAUACCAAUGACAGACUUCAAGCUACCCAGUAGUUUCAGAGAUGUGAAACUGGAAGCAAGUAACAGUAAACUCCAAGCAAUUUCACUGGACAGAGGGCUUCUGGGAUCCAGAGAUCUCAGGCCAAGCCCUAUUACCUUCCUGAAGGGAAAUGCAAAACCCCAGUUACUUAAAAAUCAAACCGAGUCCUUCAGAGUCGAUCUUGCUUCCAAGAACAAAAGCCCUGUGUCCAGGGAGUUCCAAAAAACCAACACAGUCCUACAAUCCCAAUCCACAAAAAGUUUUGAUGCGGCACUGCCUCAGAAGGAUGCCCCAACUUUUGUCAAUGGGGAUGCGUUUAAGAUGGACUCAUCUCAGCAACACAAGGUGGUAAUGGCCACGAAAAAUGAAAUGGCUUCCCAGUUGCUUUUGCAAGAGGCUCUCCCAAAGUUCAGCUCCAUCGGACCCAUAAUUUCAGACAUCUCAGAAGAGCCUAGUUCAACCACUGAACAAAGAUACCAGAAAGAAGAUGAAGACAGAGAUGGAACUGCCACUGAAAUGGUAAGAGAGCAAAUGGCAGAGGGAGAAUUUUAUGAGGAAGUGGAAGAGGAGGAAGAGGAGGAGGAGGAGAAGCAGCUCAGCGAAGAGCCACCGGGAGAGACCAUAAUCCAGAAUUUGCCCUAUUCCAGCCAGCUGGUCACAGAAGCUUUGGAAAUGGCCAUAAAAGAAGUGAAUGGGGGAGAUGUUCACCUUGAAGCUAGAUUGUUCGACAUGGUUGAAGCCCAAAAUGGCAUUCCUGCGGACAACUCUUUGUCCAUGGAAGAGGAAAAUGGAGCAGCUUCUUUACCAAGCACUGGGGUGUUAGAAGGAGCUACACAGAAGGUGCACAGAGACGAAAUGGGAGAUGAGCAACCAAUCGAUCAAGUGAGGAGUAUCAAAGUCUUCGAGGACUCUCUUGAGCUCAAUGGUGGCAGUGAAGCCUGUGGUGAGCAGCAGGAACCACCAGCAGCAGAGGUUGCGGUAUUUUGUGAUGCAGAACUGCCCUCUCCACUAGAAACAGGAUUGGUAGAGCAAGAAAGGAUCAGGGAGGACGUUCUAGAGGAUCGUCUUGUUGCAGGAGAAACGGAAAGUUAUAAAGAGGCAAGAUCCUCAGAAUGGAAUGAGAGCAGUCAUGGCAAACAGCCACCUGCAUUGCAGGACAUGGGGCCAAGAGAGGACGCAGAGCAUGUUUCUGAAGGUACGGAAUCAGUAAGUCAGCUGGGCCCAGAUGUGCCUGCCAUUGCGAGAGGUGAAGAAGAGAGGUGGGAGCGUGGCAGCAGCCACCUCGGUGACCACGCAGGCGCCGCAGGAGGGUAUCUCGAGGAGAUGGAUGGAGGGGCAGAGGACCUGGAGGUGAUGAGCACAGAAGCCCUUCAUCUGUCUGAGGAUGAAGAAAGGCGAGAGCUCUGGAGUCCUUCCAGGGAGAACGAAGAGUAUGAUUUGCAGGCAGAGAUACUGGGAAGUGAGCUACUGCACACAGAAAGAGGAUUCACAGUCGAAAAUUUGUCGCCGAUAAGCCACACAGCUUUGCCUGCAGAAAGUUGUCAGGAGAACCUCUUCCUUCUGGUGGAAAAGUUUGAGGAACAAGAAACACUGCUGUGCAAGACAGAUUCUGCCUUACUGGAGGAAGAGAAAAAAGAGAGGGUCUUGGAACCUGAGUCCUUCAGUGUAGAAGAGACCUUUUCCUCAGACGAAAGUUCCACAAGAGACAAAGAAAUUACCUUGGAAGAAGAGCCUAGAGCUAUUGGAAGAUGGGGUUCUGAGGAAGAGGAUGGGGGGAAGGUGGGAGAAGAUAUUUUCAGACAUAAAGAAGAGAGUGCUUUGGGAGAUGAGGAUCCCAUGAAGAAGGAAGGCCUGGAGACAGUCCGCGCACAAGAUGGCGCACAUGAGCCCAACGUUGCUUCGCAAGAUGUGAAUGUGGAGAACGUGCUGCAUCUGGAGUCCUCAACGGAAGGGCAAACACAAGGAAGAGGAGAGGCAUCCCAAGGAGAAGUGCUGGUAAAGCAGGAGGUGGACAGUGGUGAAGAGAGCACCGUGGCUCCUCAUGGGGCUGAGGGGGAUGUCCUGAAAGGAGAAGAUUUGACGACAAGCACAGAAGCCGCAGAGGGGGAAAACAAGGAGAGAACAGGCACUUUGGAGAUGGAGGAAGCAGCAGGCCACCUCAGUACUAAUGUUGUGCAGGACAGCAAUAACCUUCCCCGGUGCUCUGAAGCCGGACGGUUCAGGACUGGUGCACACCAUGCAGAAGCAGCAGUCAGCACUGGAAACAGUGAGCCCCUCCAAAGCCGGCACGCAGCACACCUGGAGCAAAGCCCAGUCCAGGAUAUUAGCGAAGAGUUGGAGGCUCUCUCUGGAGCACAGAGCGACACGAUCGGCGAGCCUGAAGCCCAGGGCCACGCCGAUACAAGCUACGACCAGUCACCAAGUGAUUACGCUGGCUCUGCAGACUCCCCUGAAUCCUUGGAUACCUCGCCAAAUGCCACCUGUGAGAGAGAUGGGGCUGAAAGGGGGCUAGAAAGUGGCAGGCACCUUGUGCUGGAGGAAACCUUGCCAGACCACACACCGCUGCAUCUGUAUGAUGGGCAGACGGUGGCUGUGCCUGGGAAUUCACAAUCCCUGCCAGAGAGUCCAGAGGCUGCAGAAGUGCUGCUCUUAAUCAAAGACAGCCCUGUGUCCUUAGAGGGCACGCGGCAGGUAUCUGAGGAAGACCCUUCCGUCAGCCCUCAAGCAGAAGCGUGUGACCAUGAAGAGGAAGACAGCACCGUGGAAAGGAGCUGCAGCGCAGAAGCAGCUUCCAGCCAGGACACCUCUGGUGCAAAGGAGCUUCCAACUUCAAAAUACUUAGAGGAGGCCGAAACUGAAACAUCAGAGCUCGUUAGUGAUAACAAAGAGCUGCUCGCAGCGGCACAUGAGAGGGCAAGUGAGGAAGACAGCUUUGCACUGGAUCCUAUACCCUUGGAUGCAGAAACUGACACAAAGCCCACGGAAACCUUCCAGCAAGGGAAUGACAUGGGAAAGGACGCUGAGCUCAUAGGGCAGGUGCAGGAUGAAGAAGCUGGGACUGAUUCUGCCUGGGAGUCAGAGAAGGACAGUGUUUUCCAGGCUUCCAGCAAUACUGAGGGAAAGGAUGGCCCGCUGGAGUUGAGUGACCAAGUUAAUAAAGAGGCCGAAGGUCCACGUCAAGUUUCUCCUCUCACCAGUGUUGCUGACUUGGGAGAAGUAAUACUGGAAGGAGACGUGUCCCUGGGUGGUGAAACAGGCGUUGUAGAAUCCGACGUUUUGUCAUAUGAGGAGGAUGGGAAUGUGCCACAUGCCCGUGAUUCCCUACAGAUUUCUGAUCUAGAAGGCUGUGGAACAGAAGAUCCCUCUCAACAGAGAGAGGAGGCUGAGGCUGAGGCUGAGGCUGAUCCGAGUGGCACAGAUUGCCCAGAUCCUUUGCCAGGGCCAGCUCUGAGCAUUUCCGUAGACAGUAUGAAAGAUUCCGAUAUCCUGGAAAUUGUGGAACAAGCUCUAGAGUUUAACCAAGAGUUGAUCAAGGCAGCUGAGCACCAUGUUGAGGCUGAGCUGACCGCAACAGCAGAAGAAGUGGGCCGUUCUCUAGAAGAGAAGAGUCAGUAUGUUUCUAUUCCAUCAUCAGAUAGAGGCGAAUCCCAGAUUUUUACGGAGGCUCCAGAAAGCUCUUCCCUCAGUGCCAGAAACUCAACAGGACCCAGUCAUCUGUGGGUCGAAAACAAUGCUAACGGGAUGCAAGAUUUCACUAAGGAGAUACUGAACGGCAUCGAGCAUUUCCCUGGCGACAUGGAAAAUGAUGUUGGCAGCUCCAGAGAAGAAUUAAUCAAAAAGGUUACUAUCACCCAACAGUUCCACAAAGAGGAGCCAGAUGACCUCUCCAUGGUGGAGACUGUAAGCCAGAGUCUAUCUCAAACUGAGGAAGAACCAAGAGCUGAAGAAGUCAGUGCUGAAGUUCUUGUGGAACCCUUUCUGGACCAAAAAGGGCUGGAGACCACAGGAGCUAAUGAAAACCGAUUUGCCGAGAUAAUGCAGACUAGCUGUGUGAAAGGAAAGGGUGCUGAAAUGGAGGCAAUUAUCAACCCACCACAGUUCAGAGAGGAAAUACUCUCCCUGGAGUCUAGCCAACACCUGAAGUUCCAACCGGAAGAUGAUGAACUGUGAUCUUCAGAAAACAACCGAAAUAAUAUUCCCCAACAGUUCACUCUUGCCUGAGGCAAACGAGAUCAUUACGGCUCAGUGGGGUCAAAUUUUCCACCCCCCAUCAUCUUCCUGCUCCUCAUCUAGCUACUCACCUCCCAAUAAAAAUUAAAAAUAGGCAGUCACAUUGACAAUCAAAAGCUUUGAUUAGAUAGACUAUGUACCCCCUUAACACGUUGUGGUGGUUAUUUUUAACAAGUUUGUUUAAAUGAGGAUCCAGUGCCUUGUCAGACACAGCAAGAGAGCACCAGGGUUGGGUUUAAUUAGGAAUAAUCACGUUCUCCAUAAGUGCUACCAAGUAUUUGGGAGAGGGACAGUCAAGCCUCUGCUGCUGGAACAGGUUGUCAGUUACUGGCAUCCAGGUUGCCGUGAUGCCAGCUUUCACAUCCUUUUACACUGGAACUCACAAUCCUGGAACCGUCGGCGUGGCGUGAAAUACCACAAGAAGGCCACAGUGUGGGAGGCCAAAAAGCCUGGCAAGUGCCAUUUUUGGUACUUCGUGGCUGUUACAGCAGCUCCUAAGACCGGGUUAUAGAAGGCAAUCCCAUCACCAAGGACUGCGGAUCAUCUUAUCUUGAUUAUAGCAUCCUUCCCUUGUUUGUGCAGCCUAGUAAAUACAGUUGUACACAGGAGAAUCUUUCUCUGGGCUGGCAGGCCAUGGAAGCACGUGUCAUUUGCCACAAAGGUAAUGUCGGGGUGGCACAGCCAGUCUCUGGAUCGGGGGCAAAGGAUGGCCUCUUUGCUUUAUCUCCUUAAUUGCUGCCAUUUCUUGGACACUUAAAAGCCAGCAAGGUCCUGAAAUGGACUAGACCAGCUAAGAGAAAGCUGCUGAUCUAGACUGCUUCACUCCUAAAGGAAGGAAUGACAAGCAGUGGCCUCUCUCCCUGAUUUACCGCUUGUCCCAGGGCAUGGGGGACAGGUUUGGGACUCCGCAUUGUUGGGAAUUAAGAUGCACUCCAGAUCUCGGUAUCAAUGUGAAUUAAUGACAAUAGCAUCCCUCUCUCUCUAACAGCGUUUCAAAUGCCCCAGUCCAUUUCUUGUUUGUCUGUGCAUGCGUGCAUAAGCACACAUUUUUUACACAAUUUCUGUAAUUUAAGAACAGCAACACUGCUUGCCCCAUGUUCAGCAAUUCCAGGGCUUUUGUUUUUAAGGAAAGUUUCUAAAAUUCCAAAUUGUAGUGCCCAGCGUAUUGCUCUUAAUAUAUCUGUUCGUGCACCUGUUAAAAAUUUGAGCCUCAAAGUCCUUGCCACUGACUUUGGGCCGAUAGCAUGGCUGGGAUAUCCAACCCAGCCAAGCCUUGGAAGACAGUCUGGUGUGAAGGUCUGUUGUCCCAGUUUCACUGGUACGACUGGGAGCCCCACCAGGUCAUCCUUGCAACCCUCGCUGGCCAUCCUGCGGUGGCCGGAAGAGCACAUGUGCCUUAUGGAUGCCUCUUCCUAUCAAAGCUCAGGUGCCCUGCAGCAGUUCACUUGCAAUAAUAUUUUUCUAAUUAAUCUACAAUGGGACAGACAAGUCCACAAUUUGCACCAAGUCCUCUCCUCUUCGAGAGGCUGGCACAUUCUCUGCCCACAUCGUGACUUCUAGACUUCUGCCUCCCCAGAUGGCUCAUGAUCUGCUGUUUCAUUAGGAACUAAUGAUUGUGGGAUCGAGUUUGGGGAGGGGGGGCAUCGGACUCAGCAAUGAGCAGGCUCUGAAACAGGGUAGAGCAACCCAAGACCUGCCCUAUCACAUGAUCUGAGAGCAUGUUACCUGCAGCAUCUUUAGUGGCCCAGCAAAGGACUCUGGGAGGACUCCCAGAUUACUUGAUUCAGCUCCUUCCUCGGUUCCACUCAAACGUUUGAUGCCAGCGCCAUGCAAGUCACCAGCACUUUUGGUUUGGCCGUGGCUGGUGUGUUUCCACUCAGCUUAACUGAGGAGAAGGGGCACUUUAUAACCCACUAAUGUUGGAGGAGGGAGGCAGCGGGGUGGAUGGAGCCACACAGAGCAGCCCCAAAAUAGUGGGCUUCAGCUCCAAAAAGAGCAGGCAGCUGGGCGAUGGGUGUUGCCGCUCCCUUGCUUGGCGCUGGGCAACGUGUUCCCAUCCCUGAAACACGGAUGGCUUUUGAUGGCAAGCUCCAUCUUUUGAGCACCAGAUGUAAGUCCUGAAACCAUGAACUGGGUUCUGAGUGCAAAUAAAUAAAAUCUACUAUAGGGUUUAGGCAGCAAAAUGUUGGUUUUGUUGUAAUAUGUCUAAGCGCAGAUUUAAUUAUGCUCUUAGACACUGAAUUGAGCUCCAGUCCCGACAAAACACAGCAUGAGGGAAUUUGCAGGAAGUUUUGGGCAGAAUUAUCCAAAUGUUAGACAAAAUUUGUGUGUGUGUGUUUGAGGGGGGGAUUGUUUUCCUACACUUAAGCUGUGGUACUUUUAAAUUUUAAAUUCUGCUGCAGUGCCUUCUUCAAAAGAACCAACGUGACAAACUGUCUGAAGCCUAUUUCUCUGCCUCCUUUAUAAGCUAAUAAAGCAAUUUAUUUCCCACCAA